CUGGCGAUGGCGGCGGCUCCGCGGUGGCGGGAGCGGCUCUUCGCCCUCUAUUUCCUCUCGCACAUCCCGAUCACGGCGCUCAUCGACCUCCAGCCGCUGCUGCCCGCCGGGAUCGUGCCGCAGGCCCUGACAGACCUGUUGCAGCAGUAUGCAACUGCCUUCAGGGACCCCAUGAUGCUGCAGCCCCCAGAGUGGUUCAAGGCGUUCAUCUACUGUGAAGCCUUUUUCCAGCUGCCCUUCUUCCCCAUCGCUGCCUACGCCUUCCUGAAAGGUGGCUGCAGAUGGAUCAGGACUCCUGCCAUUAUCUACUCCACCCACGUAGCCACCACUCUGUUUGCCAUCCUGGCCCACAUCCUGUUCCACGACUUCUCCAGGUCGGGGCUCGCGGGCCCGCAGACGCUGCGCGAGCGCCUGGUGCUGCUCUCCAUCUACCUGCCCUACCUGCUGAUCCCCCUGCUGCUGCUCUUCACCAUGCUCUGCAACCCCCACUACAAACACGUGGAGAAGAGGAAAAGGAAGUAGCCGGCUCUGGAGGUGGCACACGCCGCACCUGGGCUGCUUUUGGUUCUGACCCUACUCUGGUGGAGUCCUCUGGGACAAACGUCUCCCUCGUGUUGGCUGCAGCUUUUCCCAGAGCAGCGGCUGCUGCAAGGAAAAAUGGAAUUGGUUGGAGUGCAGAGCCCUGCUGCCACCACACACAGCUCUGGCAGGGGCCUGGGCCAGCCUGGGGUCGGGUCUGUGCAGGGCCUCUCUCCCAGGAAAAUGGACUUUUAACCCUUUGCUGUGUAACUCUCUGAGGGGAUACACACACACUCACUCACACUCUGCAGCUGAUACUGUUCUUCCAAGGUCCCUUUUUCCAAAAUGACUGUUUGGAAACCACCCAAGUAGGAAAUUUGUCUUCCAGCCACAUAUUCUGAAGAGUCCUCAACCCAUUAUACACAGAUUUGCAAAGCUGUUCUUCUGAAGCAUUUCGAAUCAUAUCAUGAUUCUUAACUUCCUUGCCCCUUCCUUUAAAAUUUUCACUGCCUUUGCUCUGCUUAAUUUUGAUUAAUUAUAAAUGUCUGAUCAAUGAUAAAUGUGCCAAAAUCUGGAUCUAUGAAUGCUUAAAGUUACCCUUGACAACCAGGAGCCUAGAGGAUUCUGAAGUACUUCAGGAAUUGUAACCAAGGAGUUGAAAAUUUCUUUCUUCCCUAAAAUCAUUUCUGGUAUGGAAAUAAAUAACUAAAUGCAUUAAACUGCAUUCAGUCUUCUUCAGGGAAUGGCUGAAGGAACUUA